AUGGCUAUUCCGUACUGUGCACCGCCUCCCCAACAACACUGGACGAACAACAUCCCGCCACCAGUACCGAUCAACGGUGGCUAUGGCCAACCUCAGUACCAACAACAACCGCAAUACUACCAGCAACCGCCACCCCAGCAGUACUACGGUGCACCUCCGCCUCAACAGUAUCAGUCACCACCACCGGGGCACUACGGCGCACCCGCAUAUGGCACACCUCCGCCACAAAACUAUGGGUCCCCAUCGCCCGCGCCCUACUGUGCACCGCCCGGCCCGCCGCCAGCGUCUCGCGAAGCGCCCGCGGCACCACCGGCGCAGUCGUACGACCGGAGCACACGUCCGAGUCCGCAACCUCGCUACGCUCCUCCGUCAGGUCCGCCGCCUGCAUCUACAAGGCCGACAUCCUCUACCACUACCUCGUCCCGAAGCAUCUCUACGUCGUCAUAUUCUUCGUCUUCGUCUUCUUCGUAUCCUACCGCGCCUAGCCGCUCUACUCGUCCCGGUCCAUCAGCCGCGGAGCUCAGGGCUCAAGAGGAGGCUGAUCUCCAGCGCGCACUCGAGGCGAGUGAGAGAGAUGCACGGGAGCAUGCGGAGAGGCUCGACAAGGCGAACAUGCAUAUGAUCUUUGGAGAGUUCGCCGAGAGAGAUCGCGGCGGCGAACCUGGGCUAUUUAGCGAUGUCGGUAGCCGUGGAAUCCCUAGUCAGACGACUGGCCUAUCCAGUCAGCCUACCGGUCCAGCGCCAUUUGCGGGCGGGUUCGCUUUCCCCGAACCUCAGCAUACGGGCACUUCGGUGCAGCCUCAGUUCACAGGCUUUGAUGCGCAGCAGAACGAGCUCUAUCGUCUCCACCUGCUUUACGCUCAGCAGCAACACGCUGAAGCCGAGCAACGCGCGCGGAUGCAAGCCUCCGAGUCUUUCCUCCAUCAAUCGCUCGCGUCCGCCUCCCAAUACGAAGCGCAGAACCUCCGCGCUCAGCUUGAGCAGCAACAGCGCCAACUCGAGGAGCAGCACGCAAAACUUGAGGAGGCGCGUCGCGCACUCGAAGAGCAGAAGGCACAGUGCAGCAUGGCUCCCCAUGAGGAGGAAAUGAUGAUGAAGCAGGUCGAGGAGAUGAUGUACGCAAGCAACAACCCUUUCGCACCGUCGGCUUCUCCAGCUCCCCCACCCGCCUCUUCGGGUCCGAGCCCGCCAGCGGCCGCCUCAAGGCCAGGAACGACUGCUCCUCCACCGUACGAUGCGCCGCCUGCGACGGAGAGUGAUCCAUCGAAGGCGCAUCUUGCAGGAUUGUAUGCGAAUAGGGGCGAUGGCGUUGACAGCUUUGGUAACACUGGCUCUCUGCGCUUUGGCGGGUCCGACUAUGGACGGCUUGGGUUCGCUGCAACGCAGGCUGCUCAGACCCGGGCUUAG